CGUGAACUCGAAGGCCGCGGCUAUCGCCAAGAAGGAUAUCUCUCGCUCUCAAUUGCCAUUAAUACGUAUAGGGAGAGCUAUCAGCCCGUUUCUGUAGUCAAAACUUCCGUGUAUUCCGGCAUAGCUCAGAUUCUUGCUCCAUUGUAGACAGCAAGACCUGACAAGACUGGCACACUUGUAACGAUUCUUGAGGCUGGCGGAAGAUCCAACGUUCCACCGUUCCCUCCUGGCACCAUACCAAAUCCAGUAUCCUUAUUGUACCUUCUGGAUCUGCCUUGAAACCUUCAAACGCACCCGCAAUGGCUCAAGCGGCGGAGUCACCCAACAUUUUCGGGGCUCCCAUUGCCACAAAUGCUCCUGCGGCCAUAUUCGAAGUUCGCGAAGACCAUCCAGUACCUCGACUUGGUAUCACCGGAACAGGUCCCCACCAGACGAACAAGUUUUACGCCAAUUUCUAUCUGGGUAAUCAGAACGCGCCGACUUAUGUGCAUCCUUACUCCGUUGCUUGGGCGAAAGGUCAGGGAGCUGCGUCCAGCUGGGGUCUGUCAAUCUCGCACAUUGAGGCAAAACAGAGAGUCUAUGGCCAAGCAGCGCCAAAUACCGGGGCCGCAAAGUUCUAUCUGAAUCCGGUUGGUAUCCAAUCGAUUUGCCUUUCCGCCGUCGAGCUGGGACCCCAGGCAGCGUUGACACUUGACAACAUGCAUGCACAAUCUGUCAACGUCAACCUCCUGGCAGUGACCAAAGGGAAAGCGCUGGUUACCUUUCCCCUCGUACAAGGUAUGGGCUUUGUGACCGGAAUAUACCACGGAUCAACUCCAGCAAUCCACACUGGAGUGUUCUUUAGGACUGUCACAAAGUCUACAAAAGGACCCAAGGUUGGUGUGACCAAGUACACGAUCUACCUUGAAGAUGGCAAGGUAUGGCAUGUAUACGGGUACUCAGCCAAGGGAGACACUUUGGACUUGCAAGUUCUGAACAACUCUUUCGCCAAGGCGACCAAACCUUUCAACGGUAUUAUUCAGGUCGCGAAAGAUCCUGGAAAUGCCGAGGCAACGAUCGACUCUGCUUCAGGGGCAUAUCCAACCGGCGUGACGCUUUCUGGAUCAACAUCUGGCUCAAAGGGCACCUACAUGUUCACUUAUCAAAAGGCAGGAAUGCAAAACACCAAGCUGCUCAUGUAUGCCCUGCCACAUCAUGUUGAGUCUUUCGACACAAAUACCUACAAGGCUGUGUCGAAGGUACAACUGCAGACCACCACCAAGGGAUUGGCAACCGCCGUGAUUGCAGAUGCAUGGACAAUGGUCGAGCCUAAUAUGCCCGUGUUGAUGGGUUUCGCCCCAUGGGAUCCAGUUUCUGGGAGCAAAGUGAAUUUGAAAGCUGCUUCAAUCAAUUCAAUCAGUGCAGUAGCCUUGAAGGAAAUCUCACAGAAUAUGGACCAGCAGUCGAAUCAGAACUCCAUGUAUUUCAGUGGCAAGGCACUGGCGAAGUUUGCUCAUGUUUGCUAUGCUACCCACGAUCUAUUGAAGAACCCCAAGUUGGCACACAGUGGACUGAACAAUCUGAAAGCUGCCUUUAGUCGCUUCGCUUUGAACAAGCAGCAAUUUCCACUCUACUAUGAAAGCGCCUGGGGCGGAGUGGUUUCUUCGGCAACGUACCAGACGGGGAACAGUGGUGCAGAUUUUGGCAACACCUACUACAACGACCACCACUUCCACUAUGGAUAUUUCAUAUUGGCUGCUGCCAUAAUAGGGCAUCUGGAUCCCACAUGGUUGACAAAACCCAACAUCGACUACGUGAACACCCUGGUCAGAGACGUGGCCAACCCGAGCAGUUCAGACAAGUAUUUCCCAGUGUUCCGCAAUUUUGAUUGGUAUCACGGCCACAGUUGGGCUCAUGGUCUCUAUGAAACUCUUGACGGCAAAGAUCAAGAAUCGAGCUCGGAAGACUCGAUGCAUGCGUAUGCCAUCAAGGUAUGGGGUGCAGUCAUCAAAGACGCCAACAUGGAAGCCAGAGGUAACAUGAUGCUGGCCAUCAUUGCCCGGUCGCUCAGCCAAUACUACCUGUAUACGUCGGACAACAAAGUGCAACCCUCGAACUUUAUUGGGAAUCGAGUCGCUGGCAUUCUUUUCGAGAACAAGUGCGACCAUACGACGUAUUUUGGUACCAACAUUGAGUAUAUCCAAGGCAUCCACAUGCUGCCGCUUCUACCCAGCACGAAGCUGACCAGGCCGAAUCGGUUUGUGCAACAAGAAUGGGCUACUUACUUUGACAAAGGUCGCGCAGACAAGAUCGACGGCGGUUGGAAGGGUAUCCUGUUCGGGAAUUUGGCAACGGUAGAUCCCAAGACGGCUUGGGCCUUCUUCACGGCAAAGGAUUUCAAUCCGUCUUGGCUAGAUGGCGGUGCGUCUCUGACUUGGUAUCAAACUUACGCCGCAGCUCUCAUGGGUUGAUGGAUGACUGAGAGGGAAGCGAAGAGAAACGAUGCAUGCCGAACAAUGACAUUGGACGGUUUGAUGUCGUAAACUGGAAUUUCUUAUUUUCAGAACCUGAUGCUAUUCGCAUAUCCGUACGUGUCUCAGAGAGUAGAGAUGCCGGCUCAAAGGCUGUAGCAAGUGGCACGCCGAGUGAAACCGGGGCAAUGGAUAUCGGACGAACGAUCAGCUCGACAGAC